CUCUUAUUCCCAGACGAUAUAAAACGGAGCCAUCCAACGCAGGAAUCAGAUCUAGAGAGAGUGAGGGAGUGAGAGAGAGAGAGAGACAGAGAGACAGAGAGACAGAGAGACAGAGAUAGAUGGAAGAAGCAAAAGCAAAAGCAAAUGCCAUAUCUCAGCAUCAGCUGUUGCUGCAACACCAGCUCUUGCAACAAUACCAACAGCAACAGCAACAGCAACAGCAACAGCAACAGCACCAGCAACAGCAACAACAACAGCAACAGCAACAACAGCAGCACCACCAACAACAAGCAGCAGCAAUGGCUCGUUUCCCUUCCAACAUCGACGCUCACUUACGACCUCCUGGCCUUCACCGCCCAAUUAUUGUCCCACAACAACAACAACAGCAGCAGCAGCAGCAACAACAACAACAGCAACAACAGCAACAACAACAGAACCCUAAUUCUAAUGUUAAUCAGUUACAACAGCAACAAACACCUAAUCAAUACCAGCUACAACAGCAACAACAACAAACUCAACAGCAGAAGGUGAAUCGACAAGCGCAACAAGCAGAGCUCGAAAUGGCCUACCAAGAUGCGUGGCGGGUCUGUCAUCCCGACAUUAAGAGACCUUUCUCGUCUCUUGAAGAUGCCUGCGAGAGGCUACUGCCCUACCAUGUGGUGGCAGACUAUGAGGUAGAAGAGGAUGACAGGAUUCUUGAUUCUGACACAACCGGUCAGAUGCCCUCACGCUCCCAGCAGUGGGACCAUAACAUUGCCACAAAGGUUUCAGAGUUCACUUCAACUUUUGAGAAACAAGUCCUUGCCUUCAACAUAAUUUCACGCAAACGGACCCUAGGGGAAUUCCGGUCAGAGGAAAGGUUGAUGAUUGAACAGGCUCUUUUACAAGAGGAGAAACAAGCCCUGUUGGAUUUAAGAGCAGAAAUUGAAUCGAGGGAGAAAGCAGGUCGAGAAGCUGCCGAAGCUAAGUUGCGGAUGGCAGCAAUGGUCAAGGCAGAGCAAGCUCGUGCCGAAGCACAAGCCCAUGCUGAGAUGCUUGCACGUGCUCCAAUGCGACCAAGUGCUGCUGGCUCUCAAGCUGACAAUGGUUUGGUUGGCCAAGAACAGGGAAUUAUCAUGGAUGAGAUGAUACAGGGAUGGGGAAACCCGCAGAAAGAUGAUGAAGAACCAUCUGAGGAUUUUCUGAAUGACGAGAAUGAGCCUGAAAAUGGAGAGACAGGCAUGCAAGGGGAGUGGCGUGGUGUUGGGGAGUUCGAUUUGAAUACAAGGUAAGAGUGACAUUAGUGGACUCAAACCCAUGAUGGGUAGGAAUAUGUGAGAAGUCUGCUUUAUGUUGAAACAAAUGGAAUGCGUGAUUAUCCUUUUGUAGCAUCAUCCUCAUCUUAAUCAAGAUUUAUGUUCGAUAAACUGAAAAUUUGCGGUCCUGUUUUCUUCUUCACAAUCUGAGAUAUCCAUCCUGGGAGAAUUUUCUGUUUGGAAUACAUCACAAAUUGUUUUCCAGCUA